GUGAUUGGUGGAUAGGUCGUAGUAACUGCCAUUUGGUGAAUAUGAGUCACAGGUGAAGAAAAACGGGUUUUGAGAAAAUGGGGACCCUGUAUGCGAGGCUACGAGGAGCAUUUCCCUUCAGCUUUCAAACCGAAGUGAAGAAAUGUUUGACGCGUAUAAAAAAAACUGACUUCAGUGGAACUUUACUGUGGCAUUCUAACUUAAGUGUAGGUGUUCUUAGUAAAUGAAAUGUAGUGUGAUACAUAUUUUCGUGUGAAUUGUGCGUAAAUUUCAGGCGGUUACAAGUUAAGCUAUUAUAUGGCUCUCGCUACGUGAAGUAUAAUGGCGUUACCCUCGGUUGCCGCCUUAUCGGGUAACACUAAUGCAACAAAAACACACACAGGUUCUCCCGGCACACUUGCGGUCAAGCAGGAGCCCCCUGAUGAAGCGGAAAUUCGAGAGAUGGCGGCCAAACUGGUGGAAGCAAACAACGCCAAGAUGGCCGUGGCGGCAGCGGCGGCGGCCAGACAGACGGCGCAGGUGGCGCCCAACAUGGUGCAGCCCGGCCAGCCCGGGAUAAUGAGUUACCUGACACGCACGGGCGGGGGCGCCGUUGUCACGGUCGGCAAGCAGCAGGAAAAGAAUGCUACAGAUGCAGUCAAGAAGCCGUUGCUUGACGAAGAGUCUUUGUGGGGGAGGUUUGGUUGGGUAACGCUUGGCAAAUGCCACAUACCUUACAUCUUACGGGCUGGUGAAAAGUAUUGUGCUGUGCGAAUGGUUGAAAAUAAACUACUUAAUAGGUACCUGUGUUAUUUAAAUGCGGAAGUGUACGAAUGUACUUGCAUACCGAGUUACUACAUAACAGAUUCUGAAGCCAAGUUAUUCAACGAAAUCAACCAAAAACAUUGUGAUGGACACUUUGGUCGCGAGGCAUUCACCACGCACGAUCUAGUAGUGAGACUUCAAGACGCAAGGGAGUUUUAUCACUUCCUGGACGUGUGUUACAACAAACUUGUACUUAGUUCGAGCAAUCCCAAAGACAAGUGCGGCUUCAUCCGAAUAAACGGCGAGUCGGUCGUGCCGUACACGGUGAGAGAAGGUUUAAAAUACGUUCCACUUUUCUAUUUCGAAGGUGAAACGGAUAGUUUAAAACUGAAGGCGGAAAAGCUGGAAGGGUGGGACCUGUCUUACCUGAAGUUUUGCUGUAAGGUUCAAGGCAUCCGUAGUGAACUGUUUGCGCACGAGACGUGUUCUGUGAUAAGCUUGAACGACAUCCGGGGCUACUUCCCUACGAACACGUUGUUCGAGGACUACUGGCCCAGCAAGAUGGUGGAGUCUCAGAUGUUGCUCGCCACGAAGGGCAGCUCUAACAACGGCACCGGGGGCAUGUGGACCAAGCAGCCUCCUCCGGCCAAGAUGGCACCGACCGCGACGCAGGUGCGACCGGCGGCGCCGCCCCAGGUGUCGACCGCCCAGCCGGUGUGCAACGGCUGGUCCGGCCUGGUCGGCGGGCAGCCCACGUACCAGCCGAGCAUGGUGACGCAGCCAGCCGGGCCGGUCAUCAGGACUCAGCACACUCCUAUAUCUAUGCAUAGUCUGAACACCACCACGAGUACCACAAGGAGUAUAGGCAGAGCAAGGGGUGGCUCGCAUCAGUUUUAUCCUCAGGUGACAAUGACUAUGGCAUCUCAGCCCUCACACAUGACGGCACAACCUCCACCCCUAGUUAGGGUAUCAGGAGCGCCUGGCAUUGGGAAUGCACACACGUACACCACAGCUGCGACUGGCAUGCAGCCCGGCAGCAUGCACAUGAUGGGUACCCUCACCAGUGCUGCCACCUCACACCAAAUGCCGCCCCCUGCGAGCUACCCGCAGCACUCCCCACACUACUCGCCCAUGGCCCAGCAGAGGCACACCCCUCCGAGCAAUCCCUCGCCUGCCUCCGUUGCCUCCAAGUACCCCCCGCCCCUCCUGCCGGUGCUGAACGGCACGGCGCGCUACUCCUCGGGCUAUGGCGCGGAUGUCAUAGACCUGUCCUCCCCGCCGCAGUCGCCCCACCGGUCCGGGGGCAGGAGCAGUGGAGGGGGCAACGCCAACGCCAACGAUGGUGGUCAGAAACAGCUCAUCCAGAUAGCAGAGGCUCCGACGUCAGGCACCCACAUUCCGUACAAGGUCCAGAAGGCAUUAGUAGCGGAGAACGAACUAGUGCCUUGCAUCAACCAGAAACCAUUCAUCUAUUCAGACCAGCUGCUCAUGACUCUACCAGACUUCACAGGCCAUUUCUUCCCCAAUGUACCUCCCACAACUUGUCGGGAUAUCCUGCAAAAUGUUUUGGGAGUGGACCUUUAUCGUGGAAAUCGGCAGCAGAUGCAGGUGCUGCAAGAUGCGGGCAAGUGUCAGUCCGCGAGCGAGGUUCUGCCCCUGAUACAAGUGCGUGAUGUGAUGCAGUACAUGAGCCAGAUGAAGUACAUCUUCAACAGCAUCACGCCGUCGGCAGGAGGGGGCGGUGACGACGGGGGCGGCGCGCCCAAGCGACAACGCACCAGCUAGGAUCCGGCCUGCUGGGCGACCAGCCACGGGUCGUGGGGCUUCGGCUGGCCCCAGCACUACGGACUGUGAGACGAUAUCGUUCCUCUGUGACUGUUGUUUCCAUCGCAAAGACUGGACUGGCCCUGUGCGUUUGAGCCUGCUCUAAUCAAGACUUUGCCGAGUGAUUGUUACAUUACUUCAUCCCGUCGUGCAGUGUAAUCGCGAAAAACUUAACACUCAUCUCUUUAGUUAAGAAGUGACAGGAAAAAAAAUGCAUUUUCAAUGAACACGUACACAGUAUCUGUUUCUUUGUGAUUUGGUUUCGUAUUUUUUAGAUCUCGUUGCUGUAGUUAUCAGCAUUUAUAUAAAUACAACGCUUUGGCACUUGACACACAUUUUUAGUUUCUUCAUUUUUUUGUACUCUGAUGUUUGUAUUUAAGAGUGUAUAAAUUUUCUGUAUAUAAGUAUUUAUUUAUGUGUAAGUCUUAUUUUAAAGUUUUUUGGAUUAGGUUUUUCCAUGCUUCAUGAUUUUUCCAAUCCACAUAAGGUACUGACCAAAUAUUACUUUAAUGGAGCUGAAUUUAUUACUUACCUAUUUAAAAUUAAAAGUUCCUUUUAGAGUUGGGAAAUACCAUUAGUUUUUUUCAAGUACAAGAAUUUAUGUGAUUAUUGCUAUGUGAUUUUCUAUGUAGAUCUGGUUUUCAAUCAGUAUAUAAGCCUCAAUCUGCGGCACUGAACUAUUGCAGACUGAAUUGCCGGUAAAGCAAGUGCAUUUACAAUAAGUCUGACUUUUCUAACUCAACAGGUGAAAAAGUUGCUUUGAAACAUUCUUAGCCAAACAUCUUGAAUAUUUAUUUUUAAAAAAGACACAUACUGUUUUCAGUUUUCUUACUUUACAUUUUUAAUGUUUUGCUAUAAAUGUUUCCUUGUAAUUGUUUCAUGUGCUGAGUCUAAAGCAUUAACUGAUUGUGAAUGCAAUGUACAUUAAAUUGGUGGUCUUUCUUUGGUAUAGAAGUAAUGUAAAUUAUUAGAUAAUUUUAUAGUGUAGGCCCUGCUUGCAAACAUUUUACAUUACACAUUUUCCCGAAUUCAUGCCAUUGAAAUUCCUUGACAAAUUUGUGUGGAACCAUGUUGUUAUAAUGCUUAUUCCAAAGUAACUUUGUUGAGUAUUUUCAGUCAUUUGCUGAACAAAAUUCAACACUUCUGUUAUGGUUGUCAUUUCAUGUAAUGCUGAGUUACAGAGAAUUCCAGCAUGAUUGUAUUUGUUAUACAAGAUUAUUAGCAUUUACUGUAAACUUAAUUAGACUGCAAAAUAGUGCAAGAAAAAUUGUCUGCAUUAUUUAAUUGAAAUUUAGUUGGAAUUGUAUUUUUAUUCUCUUUUUAUAUAAUUAAGUGGAUUUUUCGAAGGAAUAAUUAAUAUAUUUACAUCUGGAAGUGCUAAUUGCUUGUAAGACUUACCUUUGAAGAUGAACAAACGUUCUGUGUGAUGUAAUGAGUUCAUGUUUGAAAAUAUAAUCUUUACUGAAAUAUAGCAGCUCCCAACUUCAGUUAA